AGCUAUAGAUGAAGGGAAACAAAAGAAAGAAAUUGAAGACACUAAUUCUGACAGUGAAGGAAAAUUUGAGGAAAGGUGGAAAUUAGGAAGGGAGGACUUGAAGCAAAAGAAACUAUAAUGGAAGGAGAUGAAUCUAGAAUGAUGCUUGUUGGGGCAACUGGGUUUGAUGAGAAAGGGGGAAUUGAUGAGACUAAACAGAGAGAGUUUGAAGAGGCUAAGUUUGAAACUGAAUGCAAGAAUGAAGAGAGGGAGGGAAGAGAAACUGGAAAGGAAGAACCUGAAGCAAUAGAAACUAGAAUGGAAGGAGUGGGACCCGAGAAAGUGAUUGGUGGGAAAAUUGAGGUUAGCAAAGAAGGCGUAGUCAAAGGCAUAACACAGAAAGAAAUUGAAGAUCAAGAUAAGGAAAGGGUGAAAGACAUAUUUGGAGGAACACAAAAGAGAGAGAUUCAAAAAGUUGAGUCUGAAACUGGGGGAGCAAAUGAAGAAAGGGUCGGAACAGAAACUAGCAAGGUAGGACUUGAGGCAAUGGAUACAACAAUGGAAGGAGGGGAAUCUGAAAUGGCGCUUGUCGGGUCAAUUAGAGGAAGUGAAGCAGCUAAGUUUGAAAUCGAAGAGAAAGAUGAAGAAUUUGUGGGAAUAGAAAAUAAUGAGAAAGGACUUGAAGCGACAGAAAGUAAAAUGGAAGGAGGGGAAUCCAAAAAGUUGCUUGAUGGGAAAAUUGGAGUCAAUGAGGAAGACAUAGUUGAAGCGAUAGAGCAGAGAGAAAUUGAUGAAACUAAGUUUGAAAUUGAAGAUAGAGAUAAAGAAAAGGUGGAAGUAUUCAAAGGGACACUAGAGAAAGAAAUUGAAAAGAAUGAGUUUGCAAUUGAAGGCAAAGACGAAGAGAGGGUGGCAACAGAAAUUACGGAAGAAUUUGAAGCAAAAGGUACUGCAAUUGAAGAAGGGGUAUUAGAAAAAUUUCUUUCUAGUGCAACCAGGGUUACUGGGAAAGACAUAAUUGAAGGGACAAAAAAGGGAGAAGAUUAUGUGCCUAAAUUUGAAAAUGAAAAUAGAGAUGAAGAAAUUAGUAAUGAUGAAUUUGAAGCAAGGAAAACUAAAAUAGAAGAGUCUCCGAAGCAGGAACCAAAAUUACCAGUUCAAUUGGAGGAAAGUGAAGGUACUUUUGAGGGGAUAGAAAGCGGUGAAGACAAAAGUGAAGGGGCAAAACAGAAAGAAAUUGAGGGACCUAAGUUUCUAGAUGUCGAAGAAAAUAGCAAGAUACCAAAAUGUGCAACUUCACAGGGAUCAAAUCUGGAAGGAAUUGAAGAGGCCAAACAAGCCAUGGCCAAAAGAGGGAGCGAAGAAGCUGAGGGAUUUUUGGAGAAAGUUGAAGGAGAAGAACCAUUGAAGAUUUCUGAGAUUGCCAGCAAGGUUAUUGGGAAUGACAAUGCAAGGAACUCUGGAAAAAAGGAAAUUGAAGAGUCUGCCAAUAGAUCCUCUGGAGAUGGACCACAAGUGCGAGAGAAUAUUGUCAGAGACAUGUUCGAAGAGUUGGGGACUGAUACGGCAAAGUUUCCUGGACAGAUUACAGAAACGAAGGCCCGAAGAGAGAAAGAAGUGAAAGUGAAAGAAGAUAUCAUUGUAAAAAGAGAAAGAUAUGUGAGAGUGAAAGAAGAAAUGAUUGUAAGCAAAUAUGAUGAAGCAAAAGAGGGUUUUGAGAAAGCCACAACUAGGGACAAAAUUCAAUUGGAAAAUGGACUGCCUGGUGAUGACAGAGGAUUUGAUGAGGAGACUUUAGGGGCUGCAAGGUGGGACAAAACUAAAGCCCUUAAAGAAGGCUGUGUAGAAACUGAACCUUCAGCGGAGAAAGUGAAAGGAGAGAGUAAUGACAAUGUACAAGGUGAAGUCUUUAGUCCUUCCAUGAAAGAUAAUACAAGGGAGAGAAUUGAGAAGGAAACUGAAGAUCCCAUGGUUGGAACUAAACAAAAGGCUCAACAUCAUGUACAAGAGCUGCCUAUGAAAAUAGCAGAAUCACUGGAUGAGGGUGAAGGACCAAAAGAGACAAAGACAGAAGAAAUGAAAGAAGCCAAAAGAAAGAGUGAGGAAACUCAAGUUGUGGCAGAUAAGGAGUCUGCAGUAGAAGAAAAGAUUCGAGAAGCAGAGAUUGAAAGGAUUGGUAAGAUCAAACAAUUUGAAACAGCUUUGCAAGAAGUACCUGGGGCAGAAGAUCCAAAAGAAUUGGGGAAAGGGAUGCGUGAAAUAGAAAGUAUGCUGUCAACAUCGGAAGUUAAAGAAAUAGACAAAAUAUGUGAAGAGUGCAAGAGGUCAGAGGCAAGUCUUGAAAGAGAGAAACACAGAAAAACUCAAAAUGUUAAAGACGACAAGGCUACAAGAGAGAAUGCAGUUAACAGGUUUUAGAAUCAAUGCAAAAGGUACCUGAGAAAGAGCAUCCCAGAAAAUCAGAAGUUCAGAAAGUAAAACCUCUUGAAACAAAAGUUGCAUAUCCAGAACUAAGAAAAAAGGUUGAGACGAAGAAUGAAGUUGAAGAGCCAAGGUUGAAGGAGUUACCACCCCUAAAAGUAAAAAUGCAAAGCUUAGAGCCUCUUGAAACAGAAAAAACGAUUAUGAAGUGGAAAUCUCCAAAGACCAAGAAGAUUGUGCCAAAAGCAAGAGAAGAAGAAGAAGAAUAUGAAUUAGGCAAACCACCUGAAGUGAAAAAUUCAUCAACAACUCGGGAAUCUAUGGUUGACAAGCAAAAACCUGAAAUAGAUAUUCCAAAGUCUAUUACGAGCAGGACACCUUCAGAAGAAAAGGAAAUAGAAGCUUCGCAACCAAAUGUUCUUCCAGACCACAACUUGGGAGAAAAAGAAUACUUCAAAACUCUAACUGAGGAUAGAGGUCAUUAUUUGCUCCAAAAAGAGAAAAGAUUAGAAACCAAUAAGGUUGCAGAAGAGGAGAAGCUGAGUCAAAAAGAUGAAGACGAAACAUCGUCUUGCAAAAGGGAAAGAAAAAAGAUUGCAGAAUUCAAAGAUAAGAAGCCUAAAAUAAAGAGAAAAGGAAGUGAAAAGAUUAAUCAAAUGAAAGGGGUUGCUGAAGAAAUGAAGGAAGCUGUAGCAGACAAAGAGACAGACAAAUCACAAGAGAUAUUGUUACCUCAAACUGCAGAAAUUCAAGGCAAAGAGAAAAUUUCGGAGGUAAGAGGAGUAGAGCAGGAAAAAAGAAGAAAAAUUCCCUUUCAUGCUGAUGAAGAAUUAGAAGCAGUCAUAUCUAACAGAGAAGUAGAAUCUCCAAAACCUACUGCUGCACAGCCAAAACAAUCAAGCAUAGAGUUCAGCAGCGAUCAAACAAAUGAUGAGGUUGAUGAGUUACAAAGAAAAGAAUUGCCAUCUCCAUCUAUAAAAAAAUUGAGCAAAGGGCCAUCUAAAACAUCAAGAUCAGGUGUUAAAGAAGAUGCUCCAACAAUUGAGAAUUUUCCACAACUCCAAGAGGGUAAAGAGUCUACUUCUUCCGUAGAAGGCACCAGAGCAUCAGAAGAUGUAGCGAAUGAACUGGACAAUCCACUAGCUGAAAAACUAGUAGUUGCAAAAGAAGGCAGAAUAGAUGAUGUCAUGAUGGCGGACAUCUAGAAUUGGAAUUUCAAGAAUCAACUAGAAGGAGACCAGACCAAGAAGUUGAGAAAACGCAUUCUUCACAGCAAGAAGAAGACCAUGAAGGACAUGCAAUUGAAGAAGAAAAAGCUGGCGAAGGAGAGAAUGUGGUGCAGCUGGAAAUCUCUCGAGAGUCAGAGGAUCUAGAAGAUAUUGAAGUGGAAGCAAGUGGAAAGAGAGUGGAACUGCGUGCUCCUCUGGUUGUUGCAGGAUCAGUCUUCAUUGUAUCUCUCAUAAUUUUCUUCUUCGGCCAUAAAAGAAGUGGAAAAAGGUAACUGAUUCAUGUAGAGAGGUGGAAAGAACGUAAGUAAGCGAAAGUUAUCAAAGUUCGGAAUUGUAAUAAAUCAGUGAAGGAGAAGGUAAUCAAUCAAAUGAGCCAAGGCUCCUACUGAGUCUUUUUUUUUUUUUUUUUUGGCGAGUUCUGAUCUUUGAAAGUGCAAUAGCUUUCCCAUACAUUGUCAAUGAGGAGGUCCUGUUCUGUUGACAAACGUACAGGCUCAGAUUAACUAGUCUCAGCAGAUAAAGAUGAAAACAAUGGAAAUGAAUAGAACAGACGAUUAGAACUAAUGAAGAUAAAUUCUUUUAUUUUUUCCACUUAUAAAGUGCUGAUUUAGUAAGUCUGCAUAUUGCAAUAAGUUCAUUUUUGUAUUGAAAAGCACGGAACAGGGCAUUGUUAGUCUCUGCAUAUUGCGUAUAUGGAUAGACCUCA